AUGUCUCUUUCGGUGGGCCAGUAUUCCGAUGAUCACACAUUUUCAUCAGACGACAACAUCCAUCAUCAUGGAAAGAGCCCCUUCACAACACAACUCACCAACAACCAUGAAACGAACAUUUCGGAAAGUCAUGAUGCAAUAGACUCUUCAGCACUCGAUCUCCAAUCACUCUCCCGAUACACUCUCUGUGAUUUACCUUGUGAAAUAUUUGACGUUAUUUUCUUUUAUUUGUUACCUUCACCAGAGGAGCGAAAAGAGCGAUGUUUUAACGAUUUGUUUUCAUUUCUUCAAGUAAAUCGUACAUUGAGAUGUAAAUUGAAGAAUAAUGGAUACUUUUGGGGAAGCGUGUUUGCUCGUUUUCAAGUGUUUUUGAGUUGCUACUUGAUGGAUUUGCCUCUUUUAUUGCCAUGUGCUGAGAAAUAUUCCAAUUUUAAAGAUGAAAGUAUCACACUCCAAGGUGAUGAGAACGAUUGCAGCAGCAACUUGUCAUGUUACUAUUCCAUUCAUCAACAGGCAGCAAAAGCAUACAUAGAUUGGAUACAUACAUUUUGUGAUCCAUUACUCAUUCGAAAAUUAGAGGUACCAUUACCAGUGGAUAGCAAUCCACAAGAAAUUAUGAAUUUGUGGCAACACAAUUUGCCAAACAUUACACAUUUCUUGUCGUUUCCAGUCAUGCCUUUUCCAAAUGACAGAUAUUUACAGGCUUGUAAUUUCGUAUUCAACUCCCUUACUCAUCUCGACAUUUUUGAUGGCUGUGUCGAUAUUCGUCCAAUAAUUGACACACAUCCUAAUGUCAAAAGCGUCACUGUGGAUGUGCCUGAUGAGAAAACAUGCACUUUUUUGAAGUCAUUGGCAGAUGUAUGCAACAAUCAACUUCCUAAUUUACAGAAAGUUCAGCUUUGUGUGACUCAUUUACAAUUGAGCAAUGAUGAAAUUUUUAAUGCUCUCUUAUCGUUAGCUCCCAAGCUGAAAUAUCUCAAUAUUUAUAUUAAUUCUGAGGAGGACAUUUCACGUUGGCACAUCAUUGCACAGAAAUUACAAUGUCUGACACAUUUAUAUGUUAGAACUGCCAUGAACUUGCAACUCGUUAACGAUCUUUUUGCUAAAAAGUACAGAGAAGAGUAUUGUUUAUUUAUUGUGCCAAGUACGAUAAAACAGUUAGGCAUUCAGGAUCAGGUAAAUAUUGGUAGCUUUUUUGAAGAGGUCCCUGUGUCAGUCUGUCUCAAUGGCCUCAAUUUACCAGCUAUGGUGCAUUUUGACUUGCAAGUGAGCUGCCUGGUUGGAGAUUAUCAAUUACCUUUCCCUAAAUUACAUACCCUUUACUUUGAUUCUUAUGGAAACUCUAAAAUGCCAAGUAUAUUUCUUUUUGAAUUUUGGGUGAAUCAACACCAGACAUUGCGAACGUUGUUGUUCAACAUAAUUUCAAAGCCAGAGGAUACUUGGCAAGAUAUUUCGUCGAAUGAAAAAGUAUCAACACCAUCUCCAACGAUUGUUUUAAAAAAGAAAUCAAGGCAAAUGAAAUCGGUGAAUAUUACCAUGGAUGAUUUCGAGGUCAUGGUUGAAGAUUGUCCAAGAAACCUUGCUCUUGGAAAUGUUACGAAAAGUGCUUCAAUUACAGGUUCAAAUUAUGUGAACAGCCUGGUUCUCAAUAUUGGAUCCCAUCUUGAGAGUUUUACUGUCCAAGUCAAUCUCAAAUAUUGUGAUCAGUUAAAGACAUCACCACCAAUGAAUGGCGCAAUACAAAGGAUUUACGGUCACUAUAAUUCAAUCACCAUUGAAUCUCCAAUUGCUAGCUUGGCAAUGCUACCUUGUAUACAGAUCAUGGACAUGAAAGAAGUUGAAACUCUCUCGUUCCAUUGUACAGGAUACAACGAGAAUGAAGACGACAUAGCCAAUACGAUCAGAGAAUUUAUAAGUGGAUUCUCAACGAUCAAACGUCUUAACGUAACAUCAGAGCACCGUACCUGUGAAACCUUCAAUCUGAACACAGAGACUCUCAAUGUAGAAAUGUGCAAACAAAUGUUUUUUUCCACUCCAUUCGGAAAAGAAAACAAAUUUGUGACACAACUUUCAAAUUUUGGCAAUCGUACCGAAAGUGAAGUACUGGUGUUGCCACAAUUGUCCAACUUGAAAAUUGCCUCAGGUUCACCACUUACCUUGGAUCGCACAACACUUUCACAUCUAAAAUACAUUGACAUUUCUUACUGUCAUUUAGCUGUAAAGGACGAGUCAGUAGUGAACUUGCAUUGGAUGCCAUUUUUAAAACAUGCAAUUUUCACGAAUAUGGAAUCUAUGGAAAUUUGUUGCUCACAGGAACAGGAGCAUCAUUGGCUUAAAUAUUUGAAAAUUUCACAAAUAAGCAAACUACAUGCCAAUAUAUCAUUACGAGGACCGAAUUUACGUGUGGUGUGUGUGACCAGCUCCGAAUUAACUGAGGAUUCACUCUUCCGAAUCGUGCAUGCUCCCAAGCUUGUGCUUUCUGUAUUGCACAUUCCAGAAGAUAACAAAUAA